AUGGAGAAGAGGGACUCUGUGGCCUCGCGUUGGCGACUGUUUCUGCUGUUGCUACUACUGAUGCUGCCUCCUACGCACCAGGGACGGGCCCUGAGACACACUGACCCUAUCCAGAGUACUCAGGACCUUCCUGCUAAGUACCUCAGCAGUGGCUCAGGACAAGAGCCCGUCACAGUUAUGACCAUUGACCUCACCAAAAUCAGCAAACCCUAUUCCUCCUUUGAGUUUCGGACCUGGGAUCCAGAGGGAGUGAUUUUUUAUGGGGACACCAACACUGAAGACGAUUGGUUCAUGCUGGGAGUGCGAGAUGGCCAGCUUGAAAUCCAGCUGCACAAUCUCUGGGCUCGGCUUACGGUGGGCUUCGGCCCUCGGCUGAAUGAUGGGAGAUGGCACCCGGUGGAGCUGAAGAUGGACGGGGACUCACUGCUGCUGUGGGUGGAUGGAAAGGAGAUGCUAUGCCUAAGACAAAUCUCUGCAUCCCUGGCGGACCAUUCCCAGCCCAGCAUGAGGAUUGCGCUAGGGGGGCUCCUCCUCCCCACUUCCAAACUUCGGUUUCCGCUCACUCCUGCCCUGGAUGGCUGUAUACGGCGAGAUAUCUGGUUGGGCCACGAGGCCCAGCUCUCAGCCUCUGCCCGAACUAGCCUUGGAAACUGUGAUGUGGACCUGCAACCUGGACUGUUCUUCCCUCCAGGGACCCAUGCAGAAUUCAGUCUCCAAGACAUUCCCCAGCCUCACACAGACCCCAGGACCUUUUCUCUGGAGCUAGGAUUUAAGCUGGUGGAUGGCUCAGGACGACUCCUUGCUCUUGGGACAGGAACAAAUUCUUCUUGGCUUACCCUUCACCUCCAAGACCAAAAUGUGGUUCUGUCUUCUGAAGCAGAACCUAAAGUAGUUUUACCCUUGGAUGUGGGACUCCCUCUUCAGCUGAAGCUGGAUAUAUUCAAAGUGACCCUGAGCCAAGGACCAAAGAUAGAAGUUCUUUCUAAGUCUCUUUUGAGACUCUGGUCCCACCCUCAGGGCCAUCUCUCCCUUGGGGCUUUACCAGGAGAGAACUCUUCUGCUUCCUUUUGCCUGAGUGACCUUUGGGUACAAGGACAGAGACUGGACAUAGACCAGGCCCUGAGCAGAAGCCAGAACAUCUGGACUCACAGCUGCCCUCAGAGCCCUAGUAAUGAUACCCACACCUCCCACUAACCCCUUUGG